CAAAAAUAAAUUCAUCCACCGACGUGUGUGUGUGUGUUGUGUGCUGCAGCAAGAUUUAGAUUUUGAGGGCUAAAACUUGUGUGAGCCAGAUUCACUCCUCCUCCUUCCUCUUCUGAUCCGCCGCCGCAACCAUCCUCGAUCUCCUCCCAGCUUUGCUCUUAUCUCUUAAGUACUCACUUGUUUCUCCGGGAUUGGUCUCUCUCCAUAAGCAGCUGAGGAAGAACUACAAGAAGCCGUCUUGGUGAUGAUGAUGAUGACUUCACUCGGUGGUGGAGGCGGAGGAGGUGGUGCCAGUGGUGGUGGUGGUGGUGGUGGUAGAUUCUUGACGUAUCCGCCGCCUCUUUCUGUGCCUCCCUCGGCUCCUCAGUCACCUAACUUCUCUGGUGGUCUCCGAUCACAGCCUUCUUUCCUCGUUGAGCAGGAGAAAUAUCUUUCCGAGUUACUUGCAGAGCGUCACAAGCUUACUCCAUUCUUGCCUGUGCUUCCACAUGUCUGCCGGCUGAUGAACCAAGAAAUUUUGCGUGUAACCACGCUGUUGGAGAAUGCCAUAAGUCAGAGUAGGUUUGAUCACCCUAGCCCUCUGGGUUCUGGAGGGAUAUUUCAGAAUGCAAGAGCUGACAUGAAUGGAUGGCCCUCACAGUUUCCAUCAGAAAGAUCUGUUUCUUCAUCUCCAGCACCAAAUUGGCUAAACUCUCCUGGUAGCUCGUCUGGUCUCAUUGUCAAGCGAACAAUCAGGGUGGAUAUUCCAGUUGACAAAUACCCAAAUUACAAUUUUGUUGGUCGCCUCUUGGGUCCUAGAGGUAACUCCCUCAAACGAGUUGAAGCUAGUACUGAUUGCCGCGUUCUGAUAAGGGGGAGAGGCAGCAUCAAAGAUCCGAUCAAGGAGGAUAUGAUGAGAGGGAAACCAGGUUAUGAGCACCUGAAUGAACCACUCCACAUCUUAGUCGAGGCAGAACUGCCCAUUGAGAUAGUGGAUGCACGUCUCAUGCAAGCUCGUGAAAUACUUGAUGAUCUACUUACUCCCGUGGAGGAAACGCAUGAUUUCUACAAGAAACAACAGCUCCGUGAAUUGGCCCUUCUCAACGGUAGUCUUAGAGAAGAAGGGUCUCCAAUGUCUGGUUCCAUCUCUCCUUACAAUAGCCUCGGCAUGAAGAGAGCCAAGACAAGGGGCUAAUAAACACGUCUCAGGUCAUGUUAUCUGCUUAACUCUCUCACCUUUCCAAGAAGGUAUAUAUGCACCGUAACAGCUUCCUUCUUCGGACAAGAAGGCUUAUGAGAUUCUGUCUCCAUCCCAUCCUCCUACUCCUCCCUGGGCUACCGGUACUGUCUCUUAUCCCUGGAAUAAAAAAAAAACACCUGUUGUAUAUGAAUCUGUGUCUUAUUUAUAGUGUCCCGGAGAGAUUUCAGACGACAGAAGUACAGGCAGUGCGAAAGGGAUGAGUCCGUCUCUGUUCCUGUCUUGUCUGUCUCUGUCUCUGUCUCUGUCCGAGGUUAAUUUUGGCUUGCUUUUGCUCUUUUCGUUAUUUGUUUAAUUGUUUCAGUGGAGACCCACUACUAAUAAGGUUUGUUUAGUUAGAGCCAGUUUUUGGGAAAAACAUCAUGGUUUGUGUUUAAUAAUGAAUUAUUCUGUUUGCAUUA